AUGGCAAAUGCACCACCAGACCCAUACAUAUUGGGAGAACUUCCUCCUCCUGAUGAAAAUGUAAUUCCUCAAUUAGUAAAGCUACACGAGAUUAGUUGUUUUGAUGAGCACACAGACAAAGAUACUGUUGGUUCAAAAACAGACAAGACCUUUCAAGAUAUUCUAUUAAAUCAUAUUGAAGACCCUUACCUUAAACAUCUAGGCAAAGAGAAAACAAGAAUUGAUCCAAGGUUCAAUGAAAUUAUUAAUCAAUAUAAGGAUUGGUUGAAAGAGGCAGCUAAACGAAUUCUUCCACUACUGACAUUCAAAAAGAAUCUUAGACAUCAUAGAAUCAAUGAAAUAGUUGUUCAAGGCGAUUAUCAACAUUUUCUUAAAACUCCUUAUGGUCCUAAUAAAGAAAUUGUAUAUCAAAUUAUAAUGAAAGAAAUUAGAAAGUUUUAUUAUGAAGCAUUAAUGCCAGCCUAUUUAGAUCAAAAAGAAUAUUGGGCAGAACAAUACCAGAGAUUUCUGGCAUCAGAUCUCAAAGUUUCACGUCCCGAUAGAGCUAAAGGAUCAAAUAUCUGCGCCAUCUCCAGGUACAUAAGCAAUCUUAACCAAAAGUUUGAGAUCUUAAACUUUGAAUUGGCCAAACCAGUAUUUGAGCGUGAAGUGGAAUUCAUUGCAGUCGAUAUGGUGGAGAAUGAUUUUAACAAGCACCUUGUACACCCAGAUAAAUUGGAUCCUAAAUUUAUUGAAGAUAUAGUUGAGAAUUUAGCUAAAGAAUAUUCAUCAGACUUCCAACUAUAUUUACUUCAUACUACGACUGCUAAACCAAUUGCUCAGCUUAUCAUAGAUAGCUACAAGGAUGCGUUCCACAAAAAUCCUACAACUCCAACCGAACUUACAGACCAAUUGAGAAACAACAUGGAAAGUAGUUUCACAUCUGACAUGAUUAGGAUCAUUGGCGAUGAUGUAUUCGCAAAUGCAAUCAGAUUGUUCACUUUUGUCGCUUUGGCAAUGUCAAUCGUCGGUAUUGGACAUGCUUUUCUUUCUGGCGUCGAGCUAGGUACUGGUGAGAUUCUAUCAUUGGUUGGAAAUGCAACAAGAACUGUCAUAACCAUUGUUAGAAACUUAAUGGAUGCCGUUACUGUCAUAGACAACUUUGUCAAACAAGCUAUAAAUGGUUUAUUCAGUUUAUUAGGUACAUUAGGAGAUUUUAUCAGACUACACAUACUUAUUUUUUCGCUUGCUGGUACUGUCUUUCUUGCUUUUCUUGCUCUCAUUCCGACCAUUAUGCAAAUGAUUAGCGAUUGUAAGCAUAAAAACUACCCAAGGUUGGCUUUCAAUCUGGUCAUAACAACUACAGUAAUCGCAUCCUUUGUUCUUAUGACCUUCUUUAGCUUUGUUGUAUUAAUAUCCACUCCUUUGGUAUUCAUUUUGGCGUUAAUCAAAAACUGGGUUUUCCCUCAACCACUUGAUGCACUCUAUGACCAGAUGCCAAGACACCAAAAAGACCUCAUUGUCUUUUCUCGACUAAAGAUUGCUAAACCAGAUAGAGAUAAAACAAGAAAGUUAAUCUUUACCCAAGGAAAACAAACUACAGAGAGUAACGAUAGUUUUGUGCUUGUCAAGGUGUUCCGUCAUGGUUACUAUUUGAAGCGUGCCAAUGUAAAUAAUCCGAAUCACAAUGAAUAUUUGAAACCUAACCCAGAUCCACAACGUAUGACUAAGAAGUUAUGGUGGGUCACUGAGACCGAUUGGACUUAUUCUGACCAACCACAUCUAUUCUAUUUGCAUGCCGUUGAUCAAUCGAAAAUGAUCAACUCUGAAUUGGACGGCUCAAAUCACAAAUUUAAUUUAAUGACAAUAACCGACAAGGGACAAAGAAUGUUCCUUGGAAUCAAUAGACAAACUGGUGAUUUCAGGUUCUUUAACAAGCCAACUGAAGUCAAGAUUUCAGAUCCACAACCACAUCGACAACUACAACAAGAACAACAAGAACAACAACUACCACAACCAAUGGUAAACAAUGUUCGACAAGAAUAA